ACGCACAUGGCCUUGAGAUCUUCAUCGCGGUCCCCAAAGGCCUGGGUAGAUCCACCGUCAGAUGAAGGGCCCGAGCGGCUUGCGGUUGCUGAGUGUGUGACGACGAGUGAGGCUUGCUGCAAUGGAUAUCCCAACAAAUACGCCUCCUUUCGUAAUCGGUAUUUGCGAGAAUUCGCCUCCGAAUUUAUUGGAACCAUGAUAAUGAUCAUAUUUGGUCUUGGCGCUAACUUGCAGGUUGUGUUGUCCAGCUCACCUUUGGUGGCGGCAGACCAGAAAGGAUCGUAUUUGUCGAGAAGUAUAGCCAUGGCGGCUGGGGUUUCCAUGGGUGCAUGGGCCGCUGGUGCAACUGGGGGCCACAUCAAUCCAGUCGUAACCCUCGUCCAAGCAAUUCUCCGAGGCCUCCCUUGGCGCAAAGUCCCCGUCUACAUCGCGGCUCAGCUCCUAGGCGCCAUAACUGGUGCCCUCCUCCUUUAUGCGAAUUAUUAUCACGCAAUAGAUCUUUAUGAAGGCGGACGUGGCGUUCGCUCAAUAUCAACUGCUUCACUUCUCACGACCUAUGCAUUGGACUACAUGCCAAACGCGGCGUGUUUCUUUUCCGAUGGUCCUCCACCCAAGGGAUUAGUCCCGCUUGGAUUGUUCUUUAUGAUCUUCUGCGAGGGCGCUUCACUUGGAAUGGAGACGUCAUAUGGACUAAAUCCUGCUAGGGAUCUAGGUCCUCAGAUUCUGUGGAAUUACAGGCAUCAAUAUUGGUUCUGGGUCCCAACCCUUGGACCUGUUUGUGGUGGGAUUAUUGGAGGCAUCAUAUAUGACGCGUUGAUCUUCACCGGAGACGAAUCAAUAUUCAACCGAUCGUACGUACUGCUGUGA